GGAGCCAGGGGGGGUUGCAAGACGCUGAACUCAGCGCUCUCCGCUGGGUGGUCAACAAGCGCGGGUCUGGCGGAGCGCGGUGGCGCUCGAAGACCGCGAGGCGACCGGGGGCGGCUGGGUCCCCGGCGGCGCGGCCCCCGGUCGGGCCGGGAGCCCCGCCAGUCGGUGCCCCCGGCCGAGCGCGGUCCGCCUCGCUCUCAGCGAACACCCAUCCGGAGUGCGGCCCGCGGACAUGCCAGAACCACCAGGGGCGCCGCCGCCGGCGCUCGAAGGCCGCGGAUGAAGAAAGUGCGGCCUCGCUCGGCCCGGAGCGAAGAAGUGGCCCGGAAAGAAGAGGUGGCCCGAAGUGAAGAGGUGGCCCAGAGCGAAGAAGAGGCCGGGAGCGAAGAGGUAGCCCGGAGCGAAGAGGUGACCCAGAGCGAGGAAAUGGCGGCAGCCGGGCUCAGCGUGACCGUCACCCACAGCAAUGAGAAGCACGAUCUUCAUGUCACCCCACAACAGGGCUGUAGUGAGCCAGUUGUCCAAGACCUGGCCCAGGUUGUUGAAGAGGCCACAGGAGUCCCACUGCCUUUUCAGAAACUUAUAUUUAAGGGAAAAUCUCUGAAGGAAAUGGAGAAGCCACUGUCAGCACUCGGAAUACAAAAUGGUUGCCGAGUCAUGUUAAUUGGGAAGAAGAACAGUCCAGAGGAAGAGGCUGAACUAAAGAAGUUGAAAGGUUUGGAGAAGUCUGUGGAGAAGAUAGCUGACCAACUGCAAGAGUUGAACAAGGAGCUUACUGGAAUCCAACAGGGUUUCCUGGCCAAGGAUUUGCAAGCUGAAGCCCUCUGCAAACUUGAUAGGAGAGUAAAAGCCACUAUCGAGCAAUUUAUGAAAAUCUUGGAAGAGAUUGACACACUGAUUCUGCCGGAAAAUUUCAAAGACAGUAGACUGAAAAGGAAGGGUUUGGUGAAAAGGGUUCAGGCAUUCCUAGCUGAGUGUGACACGGUGGAACAGAACAUCUGCCAGGAGACAGAGCGGCUACAGUCCAUGAACUUGGCCCUGGCCGAGUGAGGUGAGGCGGAAUGAGGCGGGGCUACCCGAAGAACAGUGCCACCAGCUCUGCCCUCUCUGGGACAGAAGUGACCUGAUUUCUCCAGGUGCUGGGGACAGUUGGCCACUUCGCAGUUUUCCUGCACCUACACUGUUCCCGAUGAACAAGUAUUCUCUACAGUCCGCAGUGGAGCUCCUGUCUUGUUUUCUUAUUCUGUCUCCAUGUGGCUGUGCCGUCCAGCAGCCCACCUUGUCUGGGGGACCUCUCCUGCCCAUCUUGCCAAUUCUUUCAACCUUGGGGUGCUUUCCUUGGGCUGGGGAGACCUCUCAUUUGUGUUGGAGUAAUUCUUAUAGGGCACCCCUGUCUUCAGAUUCAUGAGGCCUUUUUGCCCUUAUGAUUCUGUAGCCUGUCGAUGUAACCCAGAAUCACCAGGAGGUUACAUCUAGGGAGUGGCUCAAUAGGUAUUUGGCUCACAGGGUGGUCCAGGUAUCCCUCAUUGUAACCAAAUUCUAGAACAGGUGGCUGGGUUGUUGGUUCAUAGACCUUGACCUCACUUCCCAGUGACCCUGCCCAGCCACAGGCCACGAGACCUCAGGCCCAUUACUGGGGUUGGGCUUGUAUCGAUGUGUGGACUUUUGUGCUUAAGUAAAUCUUUAGAAGGUUAGAACCUAGUAAUGACCAAAGCUCUGCUUGAAACCAGGUCACAAAUACAGAGUGGGGGGACAGAGAAAGGAACCACAGUGAGGCAGGUGGUGAAGGCAGCCACAAAUUUCUAAGGCGUUCCUCAAAGGUAUUUCUGUUCACUGUACCCUUCUGAGGUCAGUGUUUCCUUCAAGGCUGUUCCUGUUUGUUUUGUGGCCCCCUCCACUGUUAAAACAUUUUUUUUAAAGAGCAGUUUAUGUAUCAUCAGCAAACAAAAGAAUGUUUAAACUCUUUUGAUUAAAUAGGAGAAGCAAAAGCCUUCUGUGGUUCUAGCUGUAAUUUGUGUUGAAUAAGUCAAGAGUGGCCCUGUAUGCUACAACUCUUAACCGAGUCAGCUGCUGUCACCCCAUUUUUUCUACACAGUGCCCGGGAGACAGGCUUCCAAUAGGCCACUCUGAGGCCAACCUUAUUUGGCAGAGAGGAGUGACUGAAGCCCCAGGAAUUUAGGCCUGUGCGGGUGGGACCUAUCCACAGGGGUGGAUAAGUAGAUGAGGUUCAGCCUAGCCUAGCCCACUCCCCACUUUAAUCAGCAGUUCAGUAUUUAUCUGAUAGUUUUUAUAGGCUAGCUGUGUGGCGCUGGACCAAAGCAUGUAAUGAGAGGUCCCUGUGUGCGAGGUACUGUUCUGAGUUCUUCAGGUAUAUUAGUCAUUUAAUGCUCAUACAUUCUAGGAGGCAGACAGAUACUGUCCCCAUGUUAGAGGUGAGGAAGCAGAGAGCUUAGGUAAUUUCUCAAGGUUGUAAGUGGCAAAGCCAGGAUAUAAAGCUGGUAGUUUGACUCUUCACUGUACUUCCUCCCCACAGCAUGGACCUGCUGGCUCUUAUCUCUCUCCCUCUCCCUCCCUCUCCCUUGUUGGUCUCCACUUCCCCUCUGGCCUUCCAAAGAGCAGCUUCCCUACAGAGCAGCCAGAGUGGCCAUAAAGUACCAAUCUUAGCAUGUCAGGCCCCUGAGGAUAAAGGCCAAAGUCCUUACCCUAUGUGCUCUCCCUUUUAUCCCCAGCCACUGGCCUGUUUGCUCUCUGCUGGUAGGCACGCUGGUCUUCCAGAUGCUGUGUGCCUUCUCCUGCCUUGGGGUCUCUGCAUAUGCUGUUCCUCUGUUUGGACAGCUCCUCACUAUCUCUCUCCACCCCCACCUCCCCGACCCUUUUCCUAAGUAACUCCUGUUCAUCCCUUGAACUUAACUCAAAUGUCUCUUCCAUGGAGAAGCCUCAUCUAUUGUCAGGGAACAUCUUAAACCCCCAGGUGAUAUCCUUUCACAAUUUGCCGUAACUUUUCUUUAUGAUAAGUGGCAUGAUAAACCAUGAUUUAUUUGUGGAAUUAUUUGAUUAAUAUUUACCUCUAACCUUAGACUCUAAGUUUCUUGGGUUAAGGGGCUUCUUUGUCUUGUUAACAGCAUAUUUCAAGUACAUUGUCUAUUUAUAAUAGGUGCUCAAUAAAUAUUUGGAGAAUGAA